GAGAGAGAGAGAGAGAGAGAGAGAGAGAGAGAGAGAGAGAGAGAGAGAGAGAGAGAGAAAGAGAGAGAGAGACAGAGAGAGAGAGAGAAAGAGAGAGAGAGAGGAGAGAUAGAGAGAGAGACAGACAGACAGACAGACAGACAGACAGACAGACAGACAGACAGACAGAGUGUAGCAGUGACAGAGAGAGAGACAGCGAGAGAGAGAGACAGCGAGAGAGAGAGAGAGAGAGAGAGAGAGAGAGAGAGAGAGAGAGAGAGAGAGAGAGAUAGAGAGAUACUAGGAGCACGUCUGUUUUUACUCCACUGCACACAGUGAGGCUGGAGAGAGCUCAUGCCACAGAGUUGAUGAGGUGGAUAGCUGCUUGUUCACACCACACCGUGUGUGCAGAGACAAAGAGAGGAUGAAGACAAGAGAGAGCACGGGAAAAUAAAAGAGCAGGAUUUUUUUCUGUGGUUAUUUUUUUCUCUGUUGUCAAGAGACAGACAGACACGGGACGAGAGGAAAAGCAGUCUUUUAGAAAACCCUUACUGCAUGGGACACCGACCUCGUUCUAAUCCUGGGUUUACUUCUGCCUGGAAGUGAGGAGAAGUAAUUGGUUGGAAUCUAAGAGCUCAGGUGCUUUGGAGCUUGUAGGAUUUCUAUAGUACUGGACCAAGACAACAGUACAGGAUCAAGACAACAGUACUGGAGCAAGACAACAGUACUGGAUCAAGACAACAGUACUGGAUCAAGACAACAGUACUGGAUCAAGACAACAGUACUGGAUCAAGACAACAGUACUGGACCAAGACGGGACAGUACGGGCAGUGGACCAGCUCAUCAGCGUCUGUGUGUUUACUCAGCCUGGACGGUGAGUAAGAGGGGGACGUGAUUGAAGGACAGACUGAUGAUGGUUUGGUCUGUGUGGUCGUCUCAUACAACUUGUAUCGUCUUAUCCAAUCCCUGCCAAGGACUGUUAUCUUCUUGACCAAUCCCUGUCCAGGACAGUUAUCCUCUUGACCAAUCACUGUCCAGGACUGUUAUCCUCUCGACCAAUACAUUUUGAGGAGUUUUAUCCUGGUAUAAAUCACAGAGGAUAAUGCAUAUCCUUCCCCCUCUGGAGAGAGAAGAAGGCACCAUGAGCAACGUCACUGUCACCGACAACGCAGCCGAGCCCAUCAGCAGAACCAGUGCUCCAGCCACGCCCUACCCAUACCCCUACCCCAUCUCCUUCCAGGUGUCCCUGACCGGCUUCCUGAUGCUGGAGAUCGUGCUGGGCCUGAGCUCCAACCUCACCGUGCUGGCCCUGUACUGCAUGAAGUCCAACCUGAUCUCUUCGGUCUCCAACAUCGUCACCAUGAACCUUCACGUCCUGGAUGUGUUGGUGUGUGUCUGCUGCAUCCCACUGACCAUGGUGGUGUUGUUGUUGUCUCUGGAGGGGGAUACAGCCUUGGUUUGUUGCUUCCACGAGGCCUGCGUGUCGUUCGCUAGUGUCGGCACGGCAGCCAACGUACUCGCCAUUACCCUGGACCGGUACGACAUCUCUGUGAAACCGGCGAAUAGAGUCCUAACGAUGGGCCGAGCCCUGGCUCUGCUGGCCACCAUUUGGGUGCUGUCAUUCCUCAGUUUCCUGGUGCCUUUCAUGGAGGUGGGGUUCUUCGCCCCAGGCCAGUCGGAGCUGAACCAGACUCUAGCGGAUGUAGUCACAGUGGCCCACACCAACCAAUACUACACAGAGUUAGGACUCUACUAUCACCUACUGGUCCAGAUCCCCAUCUUCUUCUUCACUGCUGUUGUGAUGCUCGUCACCUAUUCCAAGAUCCUCCAGGCGCUCAACAUCCGCAUUGGGACACGCUUUCACACAGCGUCGCAGAAGAAGAAGGCCAGGAGGAAAAAAGGUCCCUCCAUGACGGCUAUGACGUCACAGGCCACGGACGGGGCCAUGGAGCCAUCUGAGCCCAGCGGCCGUGCUCUCCCCCCGAUGGGCAUGCGGACCUCCGUCUCCCUCAUCAUUGCGUUGAGACGAGCGGUUAAACGCCACCGGGAGCGACGAGAACGCCAGAAACGAGUCUUCAGGAUGUCGAUGCUCAUCGUGUCGACCUUCCUGCUCUGCUGGACUCCCAUAACCGCCCUCAACACGGUCAUCUUGACCGUAGGCCCCAGCGACUUCACGGUCAAGCUGCGGUUGGGCUUCCUGGUCAUGGCAUACGGGACGACCAUCUUCCAUCCGCUUCUCUACGCCUUCACCAGGCAGAAGUUCCAGAAGGUUCUGAAGAGUAAGAUGAAGAAGAGGGUGGUGAGCAUCAUAGAGGCCGACCCGCUGCCCAACAACGCGGUCGUACGUAACUCCUGGAUUGACCCCAAAAGGAACAAGAAGGUCACCAUCAACGAGGACGCCGAGGCCAGGCAAAAAUGUCUGCAGUCUUCAGAGGAUGCUGUGGAAUGACAGUGAAUACUUAGCGACCUUGUCCAGAGGUCCAGAUCUCAGGGUUUUGUCUGCAGAGGAAAGUCUUGGGCG